AGGAGUUGCGAGAAAAACCUCUGGCAAUACUUUCCCUACAGAUCUCACACUUGGUCCCAAUAAGUCGUCCCUGUCAGAAGCUCUUCCACGUGACAUCGUCUUUUCCGUCUUGUCCUUGUGAGUGAUAGACACGUGACAGUGAUAGACACGUGAGUGAUAGACACGUGAAACAUGGAGGACGAAGAAGGCGAUUUCCAACAACGAGAAAAAGUACGAAAAAACAAUGAUUCCAUUUUUCUUCGUAGUUCAAAAAAGAACUUCAAAAGAUAUGCUAAAUCAACAAAAAGAACCGGGCUUUCAUCUAAAUCAUCUCGCUCCAUACAGAAAAUGGCAAGUUUAGCAACUAUGCCAACUAAUUUAAGAGAAAUUAAUCAAAAUAACAGCGCGGCGACUACGAGUGAUGAUAACUUAAAAUAUUGCCCAUUAUGUCAAUUGCCCUUUCGGUUUUAUGUUGGACUAUCUACUCAAAGUCAUGUUGAAGAGUGUUUAUCUAACAAAGAAACAGCAACCGAACUCUGUCCAAAUGAUAUCAAUUGUGAUGCCGUUCUGCCUCAGCAUUUUAAAAAGUAUUCACAUCCACUGCUUGCAAGCCUGCGUUGUCAAGAUUUAACAAAAUCACAAGGCAAGGUGAGGCUUCAGACCUUGCAAGUUGAAGACAGUCAUAACAACAUGUUUGAUGGAUUAGGUGCCUCACUUGGGACGACUCCAUCAACAUGCAUUGCCUGGGAUGAGAAAGAAAUAAGGGAUACUAAUGAAAGCAGAGGCUCUCAGUCUUCAGAUAAGGAAAAUUCAAAAAGCUUUAGCGAAAGUCCAGACAAUGCGAUGAAAUUAGAUUCCACAUGUAGAUCUGACUUUAUUGCCCCCCAUAACUCAUGCAAUUUUAUCCCCUCUAAUCAUGCCCGGUCCUUUGCUGUCCAGUCCCUUACUGACCAAUCCCCUGAUGCUCAGUCCCCUGUUUCUACUACUAGUUGCAUGGCAAGUUCUGAUUUGCUAAAUGCAAGCAUAGACUUGAGCAAAUCUCAGAAAAUAAUGCCAACAUCCUUUAAAGCGACUUUUCCAGCCCACACACAAACAUUUAUUCAUGGGGAAGAACAUUCAGGCUCAGAUGUAGCCAAAAUACCGAAGAAACAAACGGAUAUUUCUGCUUAUUUUGGGAUAAGACCUGCGCAAAGCAAAGUAAAUGUUAAAACCAACAUUUAUAGCAAGGUUAACGUUAAAAAUAUCAAAGUUGCUGGGGAAAAUAUGUAUAACAAGAAAUCUGCUAAGGAAAGUAAUUUACAGCAAAAAAGAAAAUGUCCAUUUUAUAAGAUUGUGGAAGGAACUUCUUUUGCAGUAGAUGCCUUCUGCUACGGUCAUGUUGCUGACAUAACUGCGUAUUUUCUGAGCCACUUUCAUUAUGAUCACUAUCGUGGAUUAAACAAAUCGUUUUCUCGUCCCAUUUACUGCAGCCAGAUCACAGCAAAUCUGGUGACGUUGAAGAUAAAGGUCCCAUCUUCUUUUCUUCACCCUCUUCCCUUGAAUUCACCCACUGUGAUCAACGACGUCGAAGUUACAUUACUUGACGCGAAUCACUGUCCAGGUGCUGUGCUGUUUUUAUUCAAACUACGAAAUGGCGUCGUUCACCUGCACACAGGUGAUUUUCGCGCUUCGUCAGCAAUGCAAGAAAUCCCUUCAAUCAAACAAUGCUCAAUACACACGCUUUACUUGGACACGACCUACUGCGAUGCAAAGUACAGUUUUACCGCUCAACGUGACGUCAUUUCCUAUUGUGCAAAGAUCGCCGUGGAAAGUGUCAAAAAAAAUCCAAAGACUUUAAUAGUUGUGGGCACUUACACCAUUGGCAAGGAAAAGAUUUUUGUCGCCAUCGCCAAUGCAUUGAGCAGCAAGGUGGCCGUUCAAAGAGAUAAAUUCAACGUGUUGCGCUGUCUUCAAGAUGAACAACUGAACAAAAGAAUAACUUUGGAGUAUGAGCAAGCUAGGAUCCAUGUGUUACCCAUGGGUUCCCUCACAAUACCGAAACUUCUUGGUCAUCUAAACACUCAUCAACCCAAAUAUACUGAUCUGUUGGCUUUUAAACCAACUGGAUGGACUUAUAGAGACUCUUACGAAAAUGAUCUAGGAAAAAUCCAACCAGUGAAACGGAAAGGUUUGGCUUUAUAUGGUGUACCGUAUAGUGAACACAGUAGUUUUCAUGAACUUAAAGACUUUGUGCAAUUUUUAAGACCUCAUAAGAUCAUCCCGACUGUAAACAUAGGAUCGGCAAAAAAUCGAGAAGAAAUGCAACAUGUCUUUAAGGCAUGGCUGGAAAAUUAAAGUUGAAUGUGAAAAAAUAACAUGUCUAGGAAUAUGAAAGAAAGAUGGCUUUUGAAUAAUGAAGUUGAGGUGGAAACUAAAUCCAUUAAAAAUGAAGAUCAAACACUAUAGCAAGCAUUGUAUAUUUUUCAACUUGUACACUAUAAUAAUAUCAUUGCUAUUCUAGACUAUAAAAUUAUCAUUUGCAACAACAA